GCUUCCCUGUCGCCGGCAGCCAUGAGGUCCCGGCUUCUGCUUUCUGUGGCCCACCUGCCCACAAUUAGGGAGACCUCGGAGGAGAUGCUGCCCGGGGGGUCUGGGCAGGAACCCCCGGCCUCCCCCAGCCUGGAUGACUAUGUGAGAUCUAUCUGUCAGCUGGCACAGCCCACCUCAGUGCUGGACAUGGCCACAGCCUGGGUCCGACCCAGCACACCCCACCGGACAGCCCCAGGCUGUGAGAAGAGCUGUCCCACUGGGUCCCUGCAGGACAUCACCACUCACUUCAGCGGCCAGCAGCCUGCAGUGCCCGGGCCCGGCACUGCUGACCCCCUGGACUGGCUUUUUCGGGAGUCUCAGGAAAAGCGGCCAAGUAGGAGGGACUCGCUAAGGAGGACUGGCCCCUCUGCUGAUCCCUGGAGUCCACACAGACAGAUGGACAGCGGCAAGGCCCGGGGGGCCCCCAAAGGGAGGCUCUGUGAUGCCAGGGUGCCGGGGCACUCUCUGGCGAGACCACUGAGGGACGGGCACCAGGGGUCCCCCCACAGCCCCCGCCCCAGCAGCGUCCUCAGAACUCUUUAUCUGCACCUCCCCGUGAUCCAUGAACUCUGACCUCUCCCCAAUAAAGGCUUCUGUAC